CGAGCAUUGCCCUCCCAUAGUUCUUCACGGCAUAUCCGGUUGACUUUCAUUAAUUUAUUAGUCUUUAUCAUAAAAUCAUUUCUUUUUCAGUGAACGGCUUUGAUGUUCUAUUGAGAACAUGACUUCAGAUUACCCAAAUCCAUAUGAUAGCACUGACUACAGUGACUAUCAAGAUCCCUACAAACUAAGUAGGUCUGAAAACUCUGAAUACAGCGAAUACAAAAGUGAAAACCAACCUCAGGAAUAUGCAAGCUAUGGAGCACAAGAUCAUUAUGGCUCAGAGGAUAGUUACGGAUCUUAUGGAGACAGCUACAGUGACAGAAGUAAUGAUCAGGAAGAAAGAGACAGACAACAACGCAAGAACAGAUCUGAGCGAAGAAGGGAGCUGAAACAUGGACAUGAUAGAAAUGACAGAAACGAUCGUGAAAGAAGUAGAAGAGACUAUGACAGAUAUGAAAGAGAUCGUGAUAGAGACCGUCGCGAGUCUCGUGAGGACAGAGCAGGAGAGAAGUGGCUCACAGACUCACCCACCAAUACCAUCAUCCUGCGAGGAUUGCCAGACUUCAUUGAGGAAAAAGAUAUAAAAGCAGAGCUGAUGUUGUUUGGAGCACCGAUCAGAGAUGUACGCCUCAUGAGAAAAAGUUCAGGUGCAUCCCGGGGAUUUGCUUUCGUCGAGUUUCAGAACAAGGAUGAUGCACAUCGUUGGAUGGAUAUCAAUCAGAGAAAGCUGGUUCUCCAGAAUCAGUAUCCUUGCACUAUGAACUUCAGUACGCCGAAAGAUCCGAAGGAUAAACAAAUGACCUAUAGGAUGGACUGGACCUGUGUCAAGUGUGGUGUACAUAAUUUCAAGCGGAGAGAUUACUGUUUCAAGUGUCAUUUGUCCAGAUAUGAGUCUGGUAAACAGCAGCUGGAUGGUUUUGACCAUGUAGGGACCAAUCCUUGCAACACCCUGGUGUUUAGAGGUCUAGAUGCGCUCACAACAGAGGAGAACUUAUUACGAGCACUGAACAAUCAUACACCGCUUACUUGCAAAAACAUGCAGGUUGUACGAGAUGCUACCACACAAGCUUCACUUGGAUAUGCCUUUGUUGAACUGUCUUCAGUAGCAGAGUCUGUCAAUGUUCUGGAGGUGUUGAAAAACAUGAAUCCACAACUUGAGGUCGACGGCAAACAAGUUCUAGUCUCUUUUGCCAAAAAUACUUUCUCAACAUCGAUAGCCACUAUUGCAGCUAGUAGUCAGCAGGCUUAUGAUCAGAGCUCCGAGUACUACCAGAACUAUGACUACUCCCAGUAUGACCAAAACUCUGCUUACUAUCAAUCCUAUGAUGGCCAGACCUAUGACUACUCCGCCUUCUACACUACAGAUACUACCGGCUCAACGUCCACCACAACAACAACAACUGCAGACACAACCAACACUGCAGCGGCAGUGGCUCAAGCAGCCAUACAGCAGGCUCAAGCAGCUAAGCAUUUCCAGAAACAGGUUCAGCAGCAGCAGAAAAUAGCGGAAAUGUCAUCUGAGGAAAGGUUGGCCCAGCAAGCCCAGGCUUGGAUACAGAAAACUGACGAUCAGGAGACCAGCUCCACCAUGCCUGGCACUCCUGGGGAACUCCAUACUUACCCGGCCCCAGAUGUGUCUUUAUACCAGUAUGAUGAGAAUUCAGGCUACUACUACGACCCUGUCACUGGGCUGUACUAUGACGCAAACUCACAGUACUACUACAACAGUGUGAGCCAGCAGUUUAUGUACUGGGAUGCAGAGCAGUCCACCUACAUCCCUGCCCCAGCAGAAUUCCAGGAUGGCGGGGCCCUACACAUCAAUGACAAAGAUAGGAAGGAGGGCAAAGAUAAGAAGGAGAAGGUCAAGGUCGCAAAGAAAAUUGCAAAGGACAUGGAGAAGUGGGCGAAGUCAAUGAAUGCUCAGAAGGAAGCUCUGAAGGACGGAAUGAGGAAAAUCAACAUGCCCAACGUCACUGCUAGGAAGGAAACUGCCGCAGCUGAUGCUGGCUUUGCCAUUCUAGAGAAGGCUAAACAUGGUCUGCCUGAGGACAAGAAGUUGAUGCCCCCUCCACCACCAAUACUGGGUGGAGAUCCUUCAAAGGCAUCAGAGCGGUCCAAGCCUGGUCUUGUGGCAUCAUAUGGCGGGGAUUCAGACGAGGAGGAAGAUGAUGAUGUUGGGAUGAAUGGUUUUGACGAAGACAAGCUCCUUGAUCUGAAUAAAAUGGCAUGCCUACUGUGUAAGCGCCAGUUUCAGAGCAAAGACCAGCUAACCAGACAUGCGCAGAUGUCAGACUUACACAAGCAAAACCUGGACAAAUUACGUCAGAGCCAUGGGCUGUCUUCCCCGGGUGGUACAUCAGGCAUGCAGUAUCGGGACCGAGCCAAGGAGAGGCGAGAGAAGAUUGGCUCUCAAGCUCCACCAUCCAAGAAACGACCACAAAUGCCAGAAACGAUAGAGCAGCCAACAAGAGGUGGUAUCCAGGGUGACAAUAUUGGCAACAAGUUGCUGCAGAAGAUGGGCUGGUCUGAGGGUCAGGGUUUGGGCAGGGUCGGACAGGGCAUUGUCAACCCUAUUCAGGCUGAAAGGAGAAACCAGAGUGCAGGGCUUGGAAUGAGGGGUUCUAAAGUUCAGAUUGAAGACACAGACAAUUACAAGUCAGCUCUGAAGAAAACACUAUUUGCAAGAUACAAUGAACUAGAAUGAGGAACUUGAUCAUUUUGUUGAUUUAGUACGAAGAUUUCAGAGAAGUGCUUUUGAAAUGUUUUAGGAGCCUGUUCUGCCUGGCACAGAAUAGUUAUGUUAAGAAAAAGCAGUUAUUGGCAAGAGAAAGCCCUCACAAAGGUCAUGUUCUUUAUCACAGUAAAGAAGCAUAGACCAGGGUGCGUCUUUGAACUGCGAAAUAAUAUCACAAAGUGAUCAGCAUCAGUCAUGAACAAGAGAACUGCUAUAGGGUUUUAGAAUUUGAGAUAAUAUUGGAAAUCUAGCCAUCCAAUGGCUUUGUGCUGUCCCAGUUGGCUAAAAGGUCACAGGUUGUAAACAGCAUAUCACUAUCAUUGAGAAAUGCUGGGCAUUGUUUAAUUACCAAGUUUGUAGUGAGGUGUAUAUCAUCUAAAUGAUCUAUCACUUUGUCAUGUCAUUGUAUUAUAUGAUUUGUUUGCCUUAUUAAACAUUUGUUUCAUUCA